AUGGCAAAUGAUAUUUUGUAUCACGAAGUAGCCGAAAUUAUAAGGAGCGUACUAGCAAAAGAGCAGAGUGUUCGAAAAGCUGUCUAUGGAAGUGAGUACAAGAUGAGGGAUGAUGCCGCCUCUUCCAUUAGAAACGGUGAAGAAACAGUACACGAAGAACCAAAGUGUAACCCAUUUGGAACAAGAUAUUUAACUGACGAGGAUCGUGUUUGGGAACACAAUGCGUGGGACAAUGUGAAUUGGAGCGAAGAGAUGGAAGAGCAUGCCCGAAAGGUGGUAGAAAUCCAGAAAACUCAAGCCAUUGAUUAUUCGAAGGCAAAGGAGUUGGUCAAUGAGCCUGCAAAGCAGUGGGAUGCUUUCUACUCGCAACACAAUAACAACUUUUUCAAAGAUCGCAAUUGGCUAUUGAAGGAGUUCCCAGAACUUGAUAUGAAUAACUAUUCUGGGGAUUCUACAGUGCGAGUGCUUGAAGUAGGAUGUGGAGUUGGAAACACUUCCCUCCCACUCAUACAAUGGGAUGAGCAUCGACGAAUGUUCUUGUAUAGCUGUGAUUAUUCAGAUGUGGCUGUACAAGUACUAAAACAAAACGAUAGUUAUGAUUCUACACGGAUAUGUGGAUUCGUAUGGGAUAUUACACAAGAAGCACCAGUUGAUGCACCGGCCAAAGAUUCCCUCGACUACGUUGUCUGCAUUUAUGUGCUGUCAGCAAUCCAUCCAUCAAAAGUUCGCGUUGCUAUCGAUAAUCUCGUAGCUCUUCUCAAACCUGGAGGGAUGCUGCUACUUAAGGACUACGGCAGAUUUGAUCUGACGCAGCUUAGGUUCAAAAAGGAUCGUUACAUUGAGGAGAAUUUGUACUGUCGAGGUGACGGCACCUUAGUGUACUUCUUCACAAAGGACGAAUUAGACGAGUUACUCCGAGCAGCUGGUCUCGUCCAACAGGCUAAUUUUGUGGAUAAGCGUCUUAUCGUGAAUCGAGCUAAGCAAAACAAAAAGUCGCUUUUGAGGCUCAGCUGUGAAACGUUGCGAUUCCGAUCUCUUUUCGAUGAAAUCCUAAAGGACCCAGAACUCCAUCAGAUUGCGGAUGAUCCUGAAAUAAAAGGGGAUGUUAACUUGGCUUACGUCUUAUUGUAUGAAUUCCUCGCUGGAGCUGGGCUUGGCAGGGCCUCUCCACGUCUUAGAGGAGUUAUCUACAGGCACACUAAAGCAAUACAUGAUCGGGAAAAGGCUCUGGCAGCCGACGGCCGUGGUGUCGCUGCUAUCAAGGAGUCGGGACAAGAAACGGAGUCUGCAUCACUGAUUCCGCGUUAUGCUCGAAUCAAUACGCUGAAAUGGACAAAGGAAGAGGCAAUCGAGACACUUAGUUCGGAAGACUGGAAUGUAAUUCAAAUCUCACCAGAGGAUGACUUCGCCAAGCGUGUCGGAAGUAUGACCGAAGAUGAGGUUCUCAUUGAUCCUCAUGUUGAAAACUUGUUGAUUUUCCCACAUUCUAACGAAUUUCAUCGUUACUGGCUGGUAGAACAGCGCUAUCUUAUUUUGCAGGAUAAGGCAUCUUGUUUACCAGCAUUUUUGUUGGACCCACCACCUGGAUCUCAAGUUUUCGACACAUGCGCGGCACCUGGAAUGAAAACAAGUCAUGUAGCUUCCAUAAUAGGAGGAACAGGGAAAGUAUGGGCAAUGGACCGUUCAGAAGAAAGAGUGGGAAUUAUGAAUCAAAUUUUGGAAGAAUGUGGUGUUGAGAAUGCGUCUGUAUUUCAUGGCGACUUCUUGAAGACUGAUGUUACGGAUAAGAAGUUCUCGAAAGUAAAGUACGCAAUCGUAGAUCCUCCAUGCUCCGGUUCAGGGAUGGUGAAGCGGCUAGAUGAAUUGACGGGAGGAAAUGCGGACAAAAGCCGCCUAGAAAAACUGAAAAAUUUGCAGGCCAUGAUAUUGAAACACGCGCUAAAGUUCCCCAAAUUACAACGUGCUGUAUAUUCGACCUGCUCGAUUCAUGAGGAAGAGAAUGAACAAGUUGUGGACGAGGUUCUCCUCGAUACUUACGUGCGGCAACAUUUCCGACUAUCUCCAUUCGUGUUACCUAAUUGGACCCAUCGCGGGCUCGGCACCUACGAGUUCGGAAAUGAUUGCUUGAGAGCAGAUCCGGCGAAAACAUUAACUAAUGGCUUUUUUGUGGCAGUAUUCAAAAGGAUUUCUGAAAGUGCUCAUGCUGAAGAGGGCAGAAUCAAAGAGAGGAAGAAAAAAUAUGGUGAAGUCAGUGAUGCUGCGGAUGCGAUUGAGAAGAAGGACAAUGACAAGAAAAGAAGAAUAGAAGAAGUUAGUCGGGAUGAGGAUGCAUGUACAGCCCUAGAAAUGAAAAAGAAAAAGAAAAGUGAACAAAAAAGGAAGUGA